UACUACAUCAUUUCAACACUUCAAAGUCAAGAUAUGUACAGAAAGAAACAAAUUUAAUAAUAAAACCCAGACAUGAAAAUACACCAAAGAAAAAUUGGAGAGAGAAAAGGAAAAAUAGAGGACAUUUAUUAGGACCAAGAUCAAUCAACCCCACCAUUUCCUUUAUUCAAUGCCUGUGACCUCAACAUUUCAAGCAAAACCCAUCAAAUAGCCUAAACUUGAAAACAGAGAAAAUCAUGGAGAAGAGCUGGCUUCUAGCUUUUCUCCUCCUCUUCCAACUAAUGGAAAAAGGAGCAACCUUUGGUGUCAGUGCUGGUGUUGGUAUUGGUAUAGGCAAUGCAGGCGGUGGAGGCGUGUGGAUUGGUGGUGGAAUCAACAUUCCGAACCCAACCCCAUCUGGGUCUUCAGUUUCAAAUCUAAACAAUGCUUACACUGCUCUACAAGCUUGGAAAUCAGCAAUCACAGAUGACCCGUCAAAGAUUUUAGACACUUGGGUCGGCACUAAUGUUUGUUCUUAUAAAGGAAUUUUCUGUGCAGUUCCUAGAGGUGAUGAUAGAUAUGCUGCAUCGACUGGUCCAGUUGUUUCAGGUAUAGAUCUCAAUCAUGCAAAUCUUCAAGGCAAUCUUGUUAAAGAACUAUCUCUUCUUACAGAUAUGUCCCUCUUUCACCUUAAUAGUAACAGGUUUUCAGGCACAAUUCCUGAUACUUUUAAAGACCUCAUCUCUCUCCAAGAGUUAGACUUGAGUAACAACCAUUUUUCUGGUUCUUUCCCUACAGUUACUUUAUACAUUCCAAAUCUUGUCUAUUUAGACCUUCGAUUCAACAGCUUUUCAGGGCCUGUCCCUGAUGAUCUUUUCAACAAGGGAUUAGAUGCAAUUCUUCUCAACAAUAACCAAUUUGAUGGCCAGAUUCCUGAUAAUUUGGGCAACUCUCCUGCUUCGGUGAUCAAUUUGGCUAAUAACAAGUUCUCUGGAACACUUCCAGCUAGUUUUGGUAUAAUGAGUUCUAAAUUGAAGGAGAUUUUGUUUCUCAACAAUCAGCUAACAGGCUGCAUUCCCGAGUCAGUUGGGAUGUUCACAGAUAUGGAAGUCUUGGAUGUAAGCCAAAAUGCACUGAUGGGCCAUUUGCCAGACUCAAUUUCUUGUUUGAGUCAGAUUGAAGUUUUGAAUUUGGCGCACAACAAGUUCUCUGGAGUACUGCCUGACCUAGUUUGUUCACUAAAAAGCCUACUGAAUUUGACUGUUGCUUACAAUUUCUUUUCUGGGUUUAGCCAAGAAUGUGCAAGAUUGUUCAUUAGGAAUGUUGGUUUUGAUUUCUCACUGAAUUGCAUUCCUGGAAGAAAUAUGCAAAGACCACAACCAGAUUGUUCUGUUGCACCAGGAGGAGGAUUGAGUUGUCUCAGAAUACCUGCUGUUCAACCUCUAGUUUGUGGGUCUCUCGGGGUGACGGUAGAUGUUAGUUUAGGCCCAUCGUCUCCUUGAAAGAUGGAGAUAGAGAUUAGAGAGUAACCAAUAUUGUAAAACAGGUGGGUGAAUGGUUAUUAAUAGCAAUUAUGAUUUAGAACUUCCAAA